GUGGAAGAUGAAACAAUGAAUAAUGUACCUGACUCACUCUGGGUUGUCUUACAUGGAGAUAAGUACAAACUUCUCAUAGGCUGUGUUUAUCGAGCACCAAGCGCAACAAAAGAAACUGAUGCGUUAUUAGCUAAAUCGUUUGCACAUGCAUCCUCGUUUAGUGCUAAUUACAAAAUAAUUGCAGGGGACUUCAAUCUUCCAGAAGUCAAUUGGCUAACUAGUUCCGGCCCCCAACGCUUCGACGAAUUACUUGCCACUAUAGACUGUUAUGGAUGGCAACAACACGUCCAGACACCUACUCGUGGGGACAACAUUUUGGACCUUGUUUUUUGUCAUGACACAAUCCCAGUAUCCACUUAUGUUGGUAAUAGAUUUUCCAGUAGUGACCAUAGAAUGGUACUCUGCUCUCUGCCUUUCUCACCACUAAAUACAGGAAACAAACAAGACUCAGGAAGCACAAUAUGUCGUAGUUACAAAUAUACAGACUGGGGAUUAGUCCAAGAACUUAUUCGACUCUGUCAAUGGGAUGACUAUUUUACCACUGACUCCCUGGAGGCCUUAGUAACCCUGUUUUACAGGAAUGUUACCCUUUGUCUAGAUACAGUUGCCCCAAAUAAAAUAGUGAAAUUAAGUAGACACCGAACUGAAUAUAUUCCAAGGGCACACCGUAAUAAGUUAAGGAAACUGAAGAAACAGUACUAUUCCACUAAGGACAUAUCACUAUUGCUCUCAAUCCACGAGUCUCUUGAAUCUAUCAAGCGCCUACGUUCUCAAAAGGACCUCGACGAAGAGUUAACGGCACUUGAAAGUACCUCCAAAGUUUAUAACUUAACGGCACUUCUUAAAAAACGAAUGCAGUCAGCGAGGGAAAUCCCAUACUUACUUCACGACAAAGUAAUCUACAAUGAACCUGCCACUAUCUGUGAACUUUCAGUGAUUGGUUUGCAAACUUUAGUUUAG